AGGGAGCCGGCCAAGCUCUAUAUUCAUACCCGGUCCACCUUUCUUUAUGUAUACCGUAUCAAUCUUACAAGUAAACUAUAAAAAAUAUUCAACCCUCCAACCACCACCGUCACCGUCGCCACCGCCAACGUCACCGUCUCCGCCUCCACCUCCACCUCCAUCUCCCCUAACCCUCACGUAAUCCCAAUGAUCUAACCCACCCGAUCUCCAAUCGAUUCAAAUACUAGUAAAUUUUCCGAUCUGGUGAUGGACGACAACAACAUCUUCUCCCACCUCCCACAAGACAUCCUCCACCAGAUCUUCACCCGUCUCUCACUCCAACAGGUCGUCAUCUGCCGCUCCGUCAACAAACACCUCUACUCCGCCCUCUCAUCUCCCUCCUUCACCCACCUCCUCGCCACCACCUCCCCCUUCCCCCUCCUCGCCCUCCGCCCUCCCCACCGCCACCCCACUCCCCCCUCCCCCCUCCUCCACCUCUUCGACCCCAUCUCCCACAAAUGGCUCCGUUUCCCCCUCAACUUCCUCCCCUUCCCCUCCGCCCACCCCAUCGCCUCCGCCGCCGGCUUGUUAUACCUCUGGGCCGACUCCGGUUCCCCCGAUGGGAACAAAUCCUUAGUCGUUUGCAAUCCCUUGGCUUUAAGAUACAAAACUUUGCCUCAGCUGGGUUCUGCCUGGUCCAAACACGGCUCUGUCUUGGUUGACUCUGUUGAUAACAGAGUUAUUGUUUUGAAUGAGCUUGCUCUAUUGUAUUAUUCCAAUAUUAAGAAUAUGUGGCUUAAGUUUUCCUCGAAUUUGCCCGCAAAACCGCGGUCGCCGGUUUUGAUUAAUAAGUCGAUUAUCGCGUUGUGUGAUGUGGGGUCGCCGUGGCGGAGUCAGUGGAAGUUGUUUAUUUGUAGUUUGAAGAGUUUGCAGACGAGUCAGAUGUGGAAUUGUUUGGAGAGGUGUGAGUGGGGGGAUGUGUUUGAUAUAUUGAAACGCCCGCGUUUGUUGAAAGGGGUUGGGGAUGUGGUUUUGAUGAUUGGUGGGUUGAAAUCGUCGUUUUCGUUGAAUGCGUCGUGUUCGACGAUUUUGAUUUUGAAGUUGGAUUUGGGGAAGUUGGAAUGGGGUGAAGCGGGGAGGAUGCCAGGGGAUAUGUUUAGGUGUUUUCAGGAGUCGAGUAAGUUUAAGGUGUUUGGAGGGGGGAAUCGGGUUUGUUUUUCGGGAAAGAGGGUUGGAAGGUUGGCGUUGUGGGAAGCGGGGGAGGAUGGGAAGGAAGAGUGGAGGUGGAUUGAUGGUGUUCCUGGGAAUGGGGAGGGGUUGUAUCGCGGGUUCUUGUUUGAUGCAAGGCUUGAUGCUGAGCCGUGAUGGAGGUCUGCUUUUCGGUUUUUCAUUUAUGUUAUCAUGUUUCGUGUUUGUUUGCAGCGUAUUGAUUUGGUAAUUUGGUUAUUUUGUUACUUGGUUUUAUGAAAUGUUUUGUCUUUUCGUGCAUAAUUUGAUCAACAUGUUUGAUUUGGAUGUGCGUUUUAAAUGUGAUUAUUGCUGAUUGAUA